UCCAUAUGGUGCCCACUUUCUUGUGUGGGUUUAGUUCACCCGUGGCUGUCCUGCCAGUCCUGCCCUUCUUUUGUCCCCGAGUAGGGACAGAGGAGUCCUUUCCUGGCAGUGCCUUUGCAGUCUGCGUGCGGAGAGGGAGACCCUGGGGGAGGCCUUGGCAGGGGCGGGGAGGGCACUCCUUGGCCCUAAGAACUGGGUCGGGAGUGCUUACGCCAGGCGCAUUGUGAUUCCCUUAACCAGUGCCUUUUCCGGGUGUCUGGGUGGCCCCUUAGAGUGUCUGGAAAUAGGAUUCGUGGGUCACACAGACCAACUUUGAAAAAACGGGAACCGUUAAAUUUUUACUCGUCCUGGAGACAAGGAAUUUCCAAAAGUACAGCUUGCAACUACAGUGAGGCCCAUAUUGCCUUGGCUAAGAAUGGCUAGAGAGUCGAGGGAAAGCACAGCCCUGGAUGACCACUCUGCAGACGACCAGAUGGGGCUUCUGGUCAUAAAGGUGGAGGAGGAAGAGGCCUCUGCCUUUGCAGAGGAAGCCAGUUUGCCCUGUAGCCCCCACCAGGGCAAGGAACACUGCCGCCAGCGCUUUCGUGCUUUCUGCUACCCAGAGACAGCAGGACCCAAAGAGGUGCUGAGCCAGCUCCGAGAGCUCUGCCGACAGUGGCUGAGGCCUGAGAUGCACAGCAAAGAGCAAAUCCUGGAGCUACUGGUGCUGGAGCAGUUCCUGACCAUCCUGCCCAGGGAACUGCAGAAUUGGGUGCAAAAGCAGCAUCCAGAGAGUGGGGAGGAGGUGGUGGUACUGUUGGAGUAUUUGGAAAAGCAUCUGGAUGAGCCCACACUGCAGGUCCCAGGUGGUGACCAGGGGCAAGAAUUGCUCUGUUGCAAGGUGGCACUGUUGACACCAACCCUAGAGUCACAAAAUAGCCAAUUCCCACCAGUGAAGGCUCUGCUCAAGUGUGAAUCUUUGCAAUGCCAGCCCUUACAAGAUAGAGUUGCCCAGGGAGACAGCUGCAGAGAAGACACCAUGUUAGCUGCCAGGCUCACUCUAGAGUCCCGGGGGAUGCUGAAAACAGAAGAUGUGGACUUGACUCUGACCCCUGAGUGGACACAGGUGAAUUCCUCUCAGGUGAAUCUCUACAGACAUGAAAGGCAGGAAAACUGUGACAGCCUGAUCUCCCUGGCUGGUGAAAUGCAGACUAAGAUUGGGGAUUUGCCUCUAGCUGAGGAACAUCCAGAAGAAGAUCCUGGGAAGAUACCAUGCCACCAGGGUGAAGAUGUUGCCCAAAUGCCUACAUAUGCAGAAGCUAGUGAACAGGAGGCCAGAUUACACAGAAAGCGGAAAAAUGCCACAGGGAGUAGGCGACACAUUUGCCAUGAAUGUGGAAAAAGUUUUGCUCAAAGUUCAGGCCUGAGUAAGCACAGAAGAAUCCACACUGGAGAAAAGCCCUAUGAAUGUGAGGAGUGUGGCAAAGCCUUCGUUGGAAGCUCUGCCCUUGUCAUUCAUCAGAGAGUUCACACUGGUGAGAAGCCAUAUGAGUGUGAAAAAUGUGGCAAGGCCUUUAGUCACAGCUCAGACCUAAUCAAACACCAGAGAACUCACACUGGGGAGAAGCCCUAUGAGUGUGAUGACUGUGGAAAAACCUUCAGCCAGAGCUGCAGCCUCCUUGAACAUCACAGAAUUCAUACUGGGGAGAAGCCAUACCAGUGCAACAUGUGUGGCAAGGCCUUUAGGCGGAGUUCCCAUCUCCUGAGACAUCAGAGGAUCCACACUGGGGAAAGAAAUAUUCAGGAACCUGACUGGGAAGGUCAAGGCAGAAUGGAAAGCCAGUGGGAAAAUGUUGGAGCUCCUGUGUCUUAUAAGUGUAAUGAAUGUGAAAGAAGUUUUACUCAGAAUACAGGCCUUAUUGAACAUCAAAAAAUUCAUACUGGGGAGAAACCCUAUCAGUGUGAUACAUGUGGAAAAGGCUUCACCCGAACUUCAUACCUUGUUCAACAUCAAAGAAGCCAUGUAGGAAAAAAAAUUCUGUCUUAGUGACUGGUGCUAUACAUACUAAAGUUGGAGUUCAUUUGUCAUUAAACUGAAGCCAUCCUGGAGCCCUUACUGGUUACAGAAGUUUGAGGCUKGGGUUUUAUUUACCAGUACAUCAUCAAGUAUUAGAAAAUAUAAUCUGGCUGAGAUACAUUAUUCCCAACUGCAUAGUAACAGCUCCUUAAUUACUUAUGAUGAGAACUUUAACCAUAAGUUAUCUACUUGAUCAGGUUAUCUGCUUUUUCCUUAAACACACCUCAUAGAACAUUCCUUUUUCUUCUCAUGAUGGUCAAGGUUUCAGUAUUGUGAAUUUAAAUGAGAAAACUUUUUUAGUCAGCAUUAUAGUGGUAUUUACCAGGUAUAUUUUAAAUGGAGUUGUUUCUACAAAAGUAUUUCCAGAUGACUGGAGUCUUGCAAGUAUUUUGCUAGUGCAUCAUUUAUUAUAGAAACAUGCAUUCAUUACUGCAUUUAUUUACAUUUCUCACUUGGAUUCUGGCACCAACAAUCUCUAUAUCAGUCUAAGAUUCUGGAAUUCUUCAGAUACUGCAAGGUUUUCUAAUCAUCUUUUGCAAUUAAGAUUUGGGCAUUGUGAUACAUUCUCUUCUGCUAAGUGCAUUUUGUUCAUUAGGAAUUGAGUCAUUAUCCAAAAUCCUUUGCAGAUCAAUCCAGGUCUCUGUUUUUAUGUCAGUUUCUAAGACUUGGUAUUUCAGGGUUUUCAGGGAUCUAACAGACACAAAUCUAAUAAGACCUAAUGUAAUUGAUUUGUAUUACAGAAAUAAACCGUAUUAACUUUGUUUGAUCUUUUUGGGUGGAGGGGAGUGUGGUACUAGAGAUUGAACCCAGUGUUUACUAGGCAUAUACUCUACCAGUAAGCUAUAUCCCCAGCCCAAUGAGUAACUUAUUAAAUCAAUAAAAAUGCAUUGUAUGAGAUGGGUGUGGUGUUGCAAGUGUGUAAUCCCAGUAGCUCAGGAGUCUGAGGCGGAAAGAUCAUAAGUUCAAGGCCAGCCUGGGCACUUUAGCAAGACCUGUCUCAAAAAAUGAAAGGGGUAGAGAUGUAGCUCGGUGAUAAAGUACCCUUGGUUCUGAUUGCCAGUAUCAGGGGGAAAAAUGCAUUGCAUGAUUUCCAGACUUCCUAGAUAUAUAUUAGGAUCUGCAGAGAAAUAGAAUACAUGUAUGUGUAUAUCUAAUUGUGUAUGUUUAUUGUAACAAAUUGGAGACCCAUGUGAAUAAGCCAGUGGUGUGAGUUCCAGUCUGAAAACUGUUUCAGUUUGAAUAUGAAGGCUGAAAAGGACCAAUGUCCCAGGAUAUAAUUCAGUAGUAAAGCUCUUUCCUAGCAUACAAAGCCCUGGUUUCAAUCCCCAGUGCCUCAGGAAAAGUAAGUAAAAACUAAGAUAACUUUUCAACAUGUUCCCCACUUUUGAUUUCUAGUUCUUUUCAUUUGGCAGUCCUGGGAAAGAUGUUUGACAGCCUCAGGAUAGAGAAGACUGGCAUGAGGCUGAGAGACAAAUGACUGACUCAUCAUUAUCCAUUAUCCAGGAUAUCCUCAGCAUCUAGCAGAAUCUUGUUGAAUGAAUUAUUCUAA